GAUCCACGGGCUCCCAAUGCUCCACCUUUGUACUCUGAUGAGGAGAGCAACGUGCUGUCGGACGUCAGCUUUUUCGGCCAAUCCUCCGUCGCUGACCCGGCGCACCGGGCUCCCAGCAAGGGAUCGCGACACAGCAGCAAAUCCUCGGCAGGUCCUCCGAGACCCUCCGCCUCGGGUCAGGCUCUUGCCGCUUCGGCCGCAGUGGCGCAGGCAAAAGGUGUGGAUUGCGCACUUUGCGGACGCAAGGGAAUCUGCACCGAUGGCAGCUGCUUCUGUACAGAUUGCAGCCGGCGCAUGAGCCUUUUAGAUGCCGGAGCCUCUCCGGCUUCUGCUUCAGAGCGUGAAAGUGCCUGGAAGGCGCAAGCAAAACCACGAGGCAGCCGCAGCCGCCGUGGGAGCAGCGCAGGCAGUGUUGCCUCCGGAAGCGUCUCCAUGCAGGAGGCAUCCUGUGUACUUUGUAGUGAGCGUUUUGUUUGCGAGGACCAGUCGCAAAGCAGC